UAUUCAGUCUAUCAGCUUUGGAUUAGGCACCGACUUUGGUAUCUACAGUAUCUAUCUGGUGCCUACUUAUCUCCGGAGCUGUCUAUCAUUUAUAUCAUAUCAUGUAGUCUAAAAUUCAAGUUCUAUAUCAUAAUACAAUGCAAUACAAUACAUGACCGUGUUAUUCCCUAACUCAACUCUCGACCUCGCCCCUGAUAAUCUUGCAACUCUUAGUAGACCUGUCAAGUGAUAUAUGGCUAAAAUAUCGGACAACUCGGAAUGAAUGAAUAACAAAAACUCGAGACUCCGCUCUGAAAUAUUAGAUUUCCAUUACGAUGAAAGAACAACUUACCGUCGCGGUCAUUGGUGCAGGCUCAUCCGGGCUAUCUAUGCUCAAGACUCUACGCGAAGAUGGCUUCAAAGUGACUUUGUAUGAGAGACGACGUCAAGUCGGUGGUCUCUGGGCUUAUUCUGAGGAUCCGUCGAUGACCACGGCUCUGCCAUCUACGCAAGCCAACAUUAGCAAAUAUACCUGCGGGAUGACUGACUUCCCUAUGCCUGACAAGUAUCCGCACCAUCUAUCCCAAUCCGACUUCCAGGAAUACAUGGAGUCGUACGCCAAACAUUUCGACCUGUUAAAGGAUGUCGUCUUCAACGCAUUCCUAGAGAAAGUCGUCAGAAACGAGGAGGACACCAAAUGGCUGGUCCACGUAACCAUCGACGGCACCCCGCAAGUGCUGGAAUACGACAAGGUUGCGUUUUGCCAUGGAUACCAAACAAAGGCGCGCAUGCCGGCGUUUGAAGGACGUGAGAAGUUCGAAGGCACUGUGAUUCAUGCCCAGGCGUACCGGAGCGCCGAAGACUUCAAAAACAAAAACGUCGUCGUCGUCGGCAUCGGCAGCACCGCCGGCGACAUCAUCAAAGACAUGAUCCCCACCGUCUCCAAGAUCUACACCUCGCACCGCCGCGGCGUCGUCAUCGUCAAGCUAUGGCGCAACGGCACCCCCACCGACCUCCUCGUCUCCCGCAGCCGACGCCAGACCUUCCAAGCCAUCCAGCGCAACUUCCCCAAGGCCUCCCAGGCGCUGGCGGACUGGGGCUCGCGCUACCUCAUGUGGUCGACGUGGGGGGAGCUCGACCCCGCGUGGCGCAUCUCGCCGUACCCGUCCGCCAUCCUCGCGCUGCCAUCCACAGCGCAGCACGUGAUCCCCUCCCUGCGCGACGGGACGCUGACGUCCCUGCACGGGCUGCGGCGGUUCGUGGGGCCGCGCGCGAUCGAGUUCGAGGACGGGACCGUGCUCGGGGACAUCGACGCCGUGGUCUGCGCGACGGGGUACUCGGCCGACUUCGACGUGGCCCCCUUCGUCGAGCACGGCCCGCCGGCUCCCGACUACGCGGGGCCGCCGCUGCCGCGCCUGUGGAUGAACCUGGUCCCGCCGCGGUACGCGGACUCGGCCGUGCUGCUGUGCCACUCGACGCUCGGCAAGAACAACGGCUUCUCCUUCUCGGACGUCAUCGCCAUGGCCGUCAGCAACAUCUGGCGCGGCGUGCACGCCGUCCCGUCGCGGGAGGAGAUGGAGAGGGGGGUGGACGCGCACCACGAGUGGGUGGCGGCAAGGUGGAGGCUGGACAGUAACACGGACACGGCGGCGGUGAAGCAGUGGGAGUUUCAGGGGUUCCUGCACGAGGCGGCGGGCACGGGGAUGGAGAAUUUGGGGUGGGGGUGGAAGGGGUGGAAGUUCUGGUUUAAGGAUCGGAAGAUGUAUAAUUUGAUGAAUCAUGGGGUGGAGACUGCGCACGCGUUUCGGUUCUUCGAGACGGGGAAGAGGAAGACGUGGUCGGGCGCGAGAGAGGCGAUCAUACAGGCGAAUAAGGCGAUUAAGGUGUUUCCCAUCAAGGGGAUGAAGUAGAUAUAUCCUGGAGUAGGUACUUACUACCUAGCUAGGCACUUAGGUUAUUAAUAUGUACGAAAUAAUAGACCAUGUACACAAAUA